UUGUAACGGUCUAAGACACAAACGCUAGGCGGGACGGGCCCGGGAACGACGAAGACGAGGUUGGAUAUAGGUAUAUUAUCGGGUCGAAUAUAUCGAGUCCUCUUAGAGAAGACGCUCUUGUCGAGGAGAAGAGCGCCAGUUUGACUUCGUCUUAGGAAAACUAGGACAGGCGAAUUACUAACCUCCGGAUUGCAAGCCUUCGGCGUGGGAGGAGACGAACUCGAUAGUCAAACGCGCAACCGCAAGCAAGCAAACACAACCCCAAAUCUAUAAUGGCUGCAUCAAUAGUAACUGGUUCCGACUCGGUCAUCUACGAGCGCCGGAUAGCCCGUAUUCAUAGAUACCACUGGCCCGCUAUCCAACUUAACGUGUGGAUGCUCAUAAUGCUGGUCGCGUCGUGCUGCAUCAUUGGUGUCUUCGCUACCUUUAUCGGCGUUCAACAACAGCUGGAACUCUAUGUUCCCUGGUACUUCCCUUAUUUUAUCACCGUCUCAGCAUUAACAAUAGUCUACGUCGCUACGCUGCUAUGGCUCAUAGCCCAACGACGGCUCCUCCCUUCUAUAGUCAUACUCGGUUCCUUCAUGUUCUUCGUGCUCUGGAUGGUAGGGCUCAUCGUCGUCAGUAUUGAAUUAUGGGGCCCCGUCGGUUCCGUCAGCUCGAAUUGUAACCUUUUGGUAUGGAGCACGUCGCCGACGGGAAAUAACCAAGGGACAUUGGCGUGGCUAGAGCAAAGAUCUAUAUGCCAAUCGUGGCAAGCAGCUUUUGCUUUCGCUCUGAUCGGGUGCAUAUUUUUGCUGUGGAUUAUCGUGAUGGCAAUACAAGUGUUUUACGAUGACGCUUAAUAUUUUUUAUACGAGAUGUACGGUUCAACGUACGGGUUUAUGUGUUUAUGUCUCAUGGUCUACCUCUACUACGCGUAGAGCCUGAUUAUUUACUAGGGCAAGAUGAUUGGCUAUACGACGAAAGUUCCCGGCGUCUCGGUGUACAAAUGUUGAGUUUGAACUUUUUAUUUAUUUAAGUAUUUUCUAUUUGAGAGAUAUACCAUCUUUCCGGGAAAGGUUAACUGAUAGCCCAUUGCUUCAUACACUUUCUUCGGUUAAGGAACGACGAGUUACUGGACAAUCCAGGUGUCAGUUAUAACCAUCUAUAGGUAUUUGUUGGUAACCUUUCCAUGUGAAUGAUCGAUUAGAUAUUAUAUCAAGUGUAUAACGUCCCUCAUAAUUCGACUGCGCAAUGUUCGCACCUAGUUGGAAAACUUGGAGUUGACUUUGCUUCUACAUGUCAACCAAGGUUAGUUUCCCGUGAUCAAGAAAUUAGGGGUGGGAUG